GGCGGGCAGCAGGCAGAGGGCAGCAGGCUGGGUCCAUCUCAUCCUGACUGGAACACAAAACCAACAUCAUCCACCAUCCACCCUGACAAGGACAACCCCUCCCCCCCCUAAGAGAACACAGGGACAGGACCAUAUUUUUUAAUUAAAAAGGAAUUCGCAUCGAGAGCGGCAAGAUGCUGGCCUGCACAGAGAUGAUCACCAUGUGUCUUCAGUCUGCAAAGCACGAACACUUGAGGAAACAGCAGGAGCUUUGCCACAACCAAAAUCAAGGCAUCUCCCUUUUUCAUGAUAUUUUCCGCCGGGCAGACAAAAAUGACGACGGGAAGCUGUCCUUGGAGGAGUUCCAGUCGUACUUCACUGAUGGUAUCCUCACUGACGACCAGAUGCAGGAGCUGUACUCUUCCAUCGACAGGCAGCAGACUGACAACCUGGACAUAGACAAACUCUCAGAGUACUUCACUCCACAUCUGGGGGAAUACGUCAACGUCCUGUCUGCUUUGGAUAAGCUGAAUGUGGCCAUUUUGAAGGCCAUGGAUAAAACUAAAGAGGAGUAUCAGGGUUCAUCAGUGCUGGGUCAGUUUGUGACUCGCUUCUUGCUGAGGGAGACCUCCACCCAGCUGCAGUCCCUUCAGUCAUCAAUGGACUGCGCUAUGGAGGCGGUUCAUGACCAGGACUGUACUGAAAGUCGGAUACUGAGGAAACCUGAGGACCUGCCUAUCCAGAGGGCGGCCAAACGCCCCGGUCGACGCAUCCAGAAGAACAUGUGUCUCUCACCUACUGACCCCUACUCUGGCAUGCUCACCACAGGGGUCAGCGUGGAGCCAGAUAACCACUGGGGCUCCCAGAUCAACCAAUUGGAGCAGCUCAUAGACAAACUGGAGUGUGAGAGUCCACAUCUUGAACCUCUCAAAGAGGACACAUUGGCAGGGACGUAUAAAUCGAACAUACUUCUGGUCCAAAGACAAAUGUCUGUGAAGGAGAAGGAUGUGGAGCAGUUUCAACAAGCUCUUAAAAUCUACACAGAUACCACCACCAGCCAGCUAAACAACCUGCACGUUUCAGUCCAGAACCUGCCAGACAGAUCAUGCUUCAUCAUGUACGAAUUUUGGCAGGACCGUCUCUCCUGGAUGAGCUACCUGCAGUCGUCCAUCAGUAAAACCUUCCAGCGCUGCGUUAUCGACUCACUGGAAGAGCCAGAGAUGGUCUCCACCAUGCUCCUCCCAGCCUCUUGGUGGAUUAUGAACAACAACUGACAGGACAAAGCUGCUGCUAUUCAACACAAAAAGCAGGAGGAAGAUCUGAUUGUGUAAUUGUUUUAUAUUUUUGUUCUUUGAUGUCCACUUUUUCCCUCAUGGCAUGACCAGGAUUGAUUUUGCAAAGCUAUGCUCUGAGGUUAUAGAAGAGAAGACUGCUCAGAUAAGUCAGUCAAGAGUGAAACAAAAUGAAAACCUGGGAGAGAAAGAUUUAAGGUAAUGCAAUAUUUUUUGUGUGGUGAGGAUUUGUGCCAACAUUCAUCUAACAGGCACGUUUCUUGCUUCUGAUUUAAUAGGAACAUAAAACAUUUGCAUGAUUUCUUAUUUCUCAGUGCUAGUUUAUUUCAAUCAAUCAAUCUUAUCUUACGAUAAAUAUAAUGUCACUGAUGCCACACAAAUAGAAACACAUUCGUCAGUGCAGACAAAAACAGAUAUAGCGGUUGGGUUAACCUGCACUUCCCCUUGUUCUCUCUGUGGUAUUGUGCUUUCUUGUCUUCUUCAAAGCUUUGCAUCCAAGCGUCCUUUUGCUGGUGGGUUAGACAGCAAGAACGAUUAUGGUCCACAUCUAAACUUUUAUCAUCCGUGUGUCACUCAUGCACUUUAGAAGAAUAUGAGACGUGGACCUAAUUGUGAAAAAACAGACAUUUAUUGUUGACUGUCAGUUGAAAAAGGUAGAAUUAACUGCUGUUAGGAGCAGCACUGAAGUGUAGUGAGACAUUAGCAGACAAUAACAAUUGAAUAAGUUAGUCUGCAGUUUUCCUGUGCUGUUACUCUAUAAAUAUAUUUGAAAUAAAACUCAAAAGCCAUUGUUUGACACUUGCAGUGUGUAGUCAGUAUACAAUAAACACACACACACACACAUAGAAGUUUAUAUUUUAAGUACAGAAAUUAAGCAGUUGGGUGUUAUAACAUUAGGCAGAAAGUCUAUUUAGAUUGUGAACUGUAGUUAAUAUAAGCUGUAAGUUAUUGUUGUAGAACAUUGUUAAAUGUACAGUAUGAUAGUACAUUGAGCAGUGGUCGCUCUGAUAAUUUGAUGAAAGAAUGUGUUUGCUCUUUUUUUGAAGUAUUUUAUCAUUUAUUUUAUGAAGAAUAUACAGUUGUUAUGUGAUUGCUAUGUUUGUUUUCUGGCAUGAAAUAAAGUUCAUGACUUGUUGAUGACAUUAAA